AUGCAAGCACUCAAAUGUGUUGUCGUCGGCGACGGUGCGGUGGGAAAAACAUGUCUUUUAAUAUCAUACACAACAAAUACAUUUCCUGGUGAAUACAUUCCUACGGUGUUUGAUAACUACUCAGCUAAUGUGAUGGUUGAUGGAAAGCCAAUCAAUCUUGGUUUAUGGGAUACGGCUGGUCAAGAAGAUUAUGAUCGUCUCCGUCCAUUAUCGUAUCCACAAACAGAUGUUUUCCUUAUUUGUUUUUCCCUUGUUAGUCCUGCUUCGUUUGAAAAUGUUCGAGCUAAGUGGUAUCCGGAAGUCAGUCAUCAUUGUCCUCAGACACCUAUCGUUCUAGUCGGUACAAAACUUGAUCUACGUGAGGACAAAAAUACCAUUGAUAAACUUCGAGAGAAAAAAUUAGCGCCCAUAUCGACCCUUCAAGGUGAAUCCAUGCGUAAAGAAAUUGGUGCUGUGAAAUAUCUUGAAUGUUCUGCAUUAACUCAAAAAGGUCUGAAGACAGUAUUCGACGAGGCAAUACGCGCGCAUCUAUGUCCAAAACCCAAAGCCAAAAAGAAAGGCUGUGUUCUUCUUUGA